UUGCAGAAAUUGAUGAUUAAUAAUAGAAAUUAAAAUAUUCGGCAAAAUAACAUUGAUAGUAGCAGUGACGAUGGUCGGUGGGGAUGAAUCUAUCGCACCGUGUCGGUUCGAGAUUCCACACGGCGAGCCUCGAGGCUUCGUCCUCCGUUAAUAAUUUCUCCGGCGAAGAAAUGUCUCCGGGAUCAUCAAUCCCGGUGCGCCGAGCUGCUCUUUUUCUUGCCGCCAUCUCCAUCUCUUGCUUCCUUCUGUAUAGAGCCGCUGAUUCCUUGUCUUUCUCCCCUCCCAUAUUCGAUUUCUCUUCUUAUCUGGAUAAUGAGGAACCUAAGCUGGAAGUUGUUCUGCGUAAAGCUGCAACGAUAGACAGGACAGUGGUUUUGACAACUUUGAAUGCAGCAUGGGCAGCUCCAGGAUCUGUUAUUGAUCUCUUCUUUGAGAGUUUUAGAAUUGGGGAAGAAACUAGCCAAAUCUUGGAUCAUUUGGUGAUUGUUGCAUUGGAUGCUAAGGCUUAUUCGCGUUGUUUAGAAUUGCAUAAGCAUUGUUUCAGUCUUGUGACUGAAGGAGUUGAUUUUUCCCGCGAAGCUUACUUUAUGACUCGGUCUUACUUGAAGAUGAUGUGGAGAAGGAUUGAUCUCCUGCGCUCUGUUCUUGAGAUGGGAUACAAUUUUGUUUUCACGGAUGCUGAUGUGAUGUGGUUCAGGAACCCGUUUCCACGGUUUUACAUGUAUGCGGAUUUCCAGAUUGCUUGCGAUCAUUACCUUGGAAGAUCAAACGACCUACAUAAUAGACCAAACGGAGGAUUUAACUUUGUACGGUCCAACAAUCGAACUAUACUUUUCUACAAAUACUGGUAUGCUUCAAGACUCAGAUUCCCGGGAUAUCAUGAUCAGGACGUUCUUAACUUUCUCAAGACAGAACCUUUUGUUUUCCGCAUUGGGUUAAAGAUGAGAUUCUUGAACACUGCUUAUUUCGGCGGAUUAUGUGAGCCUAGCAGAGAUAUGAACCUGGUUCGUACAAUGCACGCCAAUUGCUGCUAUGGUAUGGAAAGUAAGCUUCAUGAUCUCAGAAUCAUGCUUCAAGAUUGGAAAGAUUUCAUGUCUUUACCACUUCAUCUUAAACAAUCCUCUGGUUUCUCCUGGAAAGUCCCUCAGAAUUGCAGUCUUGAUUCUCUUCGACGCUAUGAUGAAUCUAUGGAGGAUGAUGAAGAGAGCGAUCCACCAGGAGAAUCUCAGGAAUGAAAAAUGUGAGACUUUUUUGUAAAUGAGAUUCUUGAUAAUUUUUCUAGGAAGAAGAAAAAAAAUCGAAUUUUUGAAGGAAAAAAACACGAACUCACGGCACAAUGCCACAAUCUGCACUCUUGGUGAUAAUUUUGAAACUCAAAUCUCAAUGGAAAUUAAUUUAUAUAACUAAA